AUGGUAGUUCAUGAGAAGCUCAAGUGGCACCAGACCUCUCCUGGCCUCUGGCAGCGCGGCAUCGAUGAGGUCGAGGAGUUUUACGCUACCAUGGCUGCCUUGUAUGAGGGAAGCGGUCGCAUGUUCUUUGCUAUCACCGGCCAUGUCUCCAUCGAAGUUGAUGUCCCCAGUCACAUGUCCGUCGACGAGUCUGAAAAGCGACUUGAUGCCGCCCUCUCCAAAGCCUGGAUUUGCAUGCGAUACGACCAUCCUACCAUCGCAUCUCGCGUUUCAUUGCACAGCAAAACACAUGAAUGGAUCAAAUCUUAUCGGAAAAUCCUUGCAGCUUCGGACUUGGAAGACUGGCUCAGAAGGACGUUUAUUGUGUUGUCCAAUGGGCAAAGUGGCGCUGAGUUUGCAAACUCCGAUCCUCCGGCUCCCAAAGACCCGACCUGUUUCGUCCUUCGACAGCCUUCUGCUCGAGGUGAGGCAGGGAAUUUCAUUAUUCGCCGUGAUAUCGUUCUCCGUUCACCACACGAUAUUAUCGAUGGCAUUGGGACGCUGAUGCUGUUCAGCAACUUUAUCGCGCGCUCCUCAGAAGCAUAUUCCAAAGGUGACAGCUAUCCAAUCCCCCUUCUGGACGGUUCUGAAAACGCAAAUCUCAGCCCAUCCUACCGCAUUGCUGCUUUCGUACCAUCAGUCUUGACUGAAGCCCAAGAGCGAAGGAUCGAGCGCAUCAUAGCACAGAGGGCUGCUGUGAAGUCAGACGCGACUGUUGAGAUACUCACUGUUCCUUUCCAACAUGGCGCCCUUGUUCCCGGUCGCCAUCAGCGUUCAGCUCUCACUCUCAGUCGGGACCAAACUUCCUCUUUUCUUGCUGCUUGCAAGGUUAACGGCGUCACCCCGACGCAUGUCUUCCACGCGGCCGCAGCAGUUGCCUUGCGCGAUCUCCAGCCUAGACCGGAAGUCACCAAACGUGUCCGGUACAUCAGUUACAUCCUACGUAACGAACGAUCUCGAUGCGCGGAGCCUUUCAACUCUACACGUCAUCCAGUGGCCCUCUAUCACUCUGUUUCGGGAAAUAGUCUGGUGGUCGACCUGGAUCUGCGCAAAGCAGGUGAUGAGCCGAGCGAUCAGGAUCGCAAGCAAGAGUUUUAUUCCGUUCUCAAAACAAUCAAGGCUUUCUAUGAGGGCGUUCGGAAUGACAGCGAUCACUAUGCCCUCGUUCCAAAGUUGUGGGCAUUAUCGACACCGCCAUUACCCGUCCCCUCGUCCCAUUCGUUCCCUGUUCCUCUGCCGAACGCCCAUCCAUCAGUAUCAAUUUCCAGUAUGGGCCGUUCUGAUACGAUCUUAACGCCUAAGAUGGGGGCUUUCAGGGUCAGCAACCCUUGGGUUACUGGCGAGGAGCUUGGUACCGGCUGGGGUCUGUUUCUGUCCACCUUUGAUGGCGAACUGUGCCUGAGUGCUGCCUACAACGACGCUUGGCAUACGAGGGAGACCGUAGACGAUUAUCUCAAGCGCUGCAGGGACAUCGCGUUCACUUGCCUGGGCUUGUAG